CGCUGGCGUGACAUUUCCCUGGUCGUUACCAUGAAGCCUCCUGGGCGUGAAGGGGCCGCUUCCUCCGCUCAAGAGGAGAGAUGGAGAAAACUGCAAGAAUAUUUAGCAACCAAAGGAAAGCAGAAGAAUCCCAGUUCCAAGCCCUACUUAAAGGACAAUCAACAGAACCUGGUUCCCUCCAAAUCAGACCCUACUGCCAGAUGUAAAAAAAAUAUUACCUUGAACCAGACAAAAGGUGCGCAGAAGAGGGAGACAAAAUAUUCAGUCCCUGCUGGCCAUGUUGCACAGAGCAAAUCAUCCAGGGCUCCUGUUUCUCGGAAGCCACAGAGAGUUCCUUCAGAACUGCCAAAAAAGGGGCCACCACUUCCUCUUCCCUCAAAGGCCUCUGCCAAAAACCCCUCUGAGAAACUGAGUACCACAAUUUCUUCCUCCGAGCAUUGUUUAUGCAAAGUAAGAAAGACUAAAAAGUUUAAACCUGUCACGGAACCAAAGACUCAAGCACUCCUAGGAACGACAAAAAAACUUGUGCUCCAGAACUGUCCUGCGGAGACCUUUCAAGAAAAGGCUGAUAAAGAGAACUUUGGGACCAAGGUUGAUCUAAGCCUUGAGGAGGCAGUGGCUCCAAGGCUUGGCCUGUCAACUAGGCCCCAAAGAGUGAACAGCAGGCCAAAUGUGGGCUUUGCUUCACGAGGUAAUGUGCCUGUGAAAAGACAAGCACACACUUAUCAAGCUGCCAAGUUGCAGGGCCAGGGGAAGCCCAGAGGUCCUUCAUCUAAUCUCAAAGGGGCACAUCUUCAGCAGCGAAUCCCUGGCAUGUCAGGGGAACAGACUGCCCUGACGUUUGGCCAAUCAUCUACUUAUUCUACUCCACAAGUUCAAAGCCAGGGUCUCAAUCCCAGGCUAAUGAAGCAGUGUACCAAGAAUGAACAGGCUGCUGGUAUACUCGGGCAAGGAAAGGAGAAUGCAACACAGUUGAGGACAUGCAAAGCUCCAGAUGUUCAGAGGGGACAAUUGAAACCGCAGCGGGUGACUCCUUGCAAGGCUCAGCAUACAAGGAAUUCUGUUGCCUUGACAAGCUUCUCGGCAACAGAAUUAAAAAGGAAACGGACUCUCCCAUUGGCAGCACAUGACGUUAACAAGCAUGGAAGCACAGUAAGGAGGAACCAGGAAAAUAAGAAGCUCCAGCGAGAGCCCAGGAUCCCCAACUCCAGGCCUGUCGUCUCUACAGUCUGCACAACAAAUAAAGUUGUUGACUCUCUGGGAUGUGAAAUAAGCAAGCCAAGACCGCUGGGGAUGGGAAUGGGUCAAGAGCCCAAAACUCCAUGUACACAGGAUCGCAGAAAGUUGCUGGAACAGUGGCUGAAAUCCCAAGGGAAAUCCUACAAGCGGCCAUCAAUGACGCUGCCUGCUGCAAAGCCCCGGAAGAAAAAGGAGAGCCUGAACCUGUCCUUCUGGAAUAGCCUGGGGGAAGAGGAGGAGCGAACAGAGCACAGCUUGGUGGAUAAGAUCUCAAGUAUUUUGAUGGAGUGCUUGAAGCUUGCUGAGGAGGGAUUUCCCUCAGAAGAGAUCCUGGCCACGCUUUCCCAGAUCCCAGAAGUAGAGAAGUUUGCCCAGUUCUGGAUCUGCAAAGCCAAACUGCUGGCGCGGCACGGCACAUUUGAUGUGGUUGGGCUGUACGAAGCAGCUGUCCGUGCUGGGGCUGUACCACUACAGAAAUUGAAGGAGGUGGUGGUUGAUCUUUUGAAGAAUCCAGACAAGACAGCCCAGGUAAUCCCCACCCAAGUCAGUUCUCACUGUGCCAGGAAGCAACAGGUUCAGAUGACUCCUCAGAGCCACUUGCAACGCCUGUCUUGCAAACCAGUCUCGGGUAUCAAGCUACAAGUGGUUCCAUUGCUCAGAGAGAAAGAGCACUGCACAGUGUCAGACACAAAGCUCUUGACUCCAGUGCGGCGUUCCCUGCGCAUAGAGGGUGCUGUUGCUCGCUACCCACAGAUGCUGAAGGACCACGACGUGGUAGUGACUUCCCUCAAUGAACUUACGGCUACAGAUAACGGAAGCCUCUUUGUGUUCCGUAAAAAUGAAGCUUUGCUGGAGGAUGUGGAAACGGAGCUCUUGAGGUUGUGACUGUAGCUCAGCCCACUCUAACCCUGAACACAUCUCCAUACUUAAGCGACAGUACAAAGAAAUCCAAUUUCCUUCUCCCUCAGACCUUGCCUCUAUGUUAAUAAGUCUGGCCCAUAGAGAUCACUGUCCCUCUUUCCUGUUACUGUUGCAUCAAUAGAUUGAAAACAAAUUA